AGACUUGCUUCAGAAGGGAAUAGGAGCCGGAGAGCAAUUCCAAAACAGCUGUCCGGCAGACGUCCCAGUCGACAGAAGUGCAGCCCUGAGGCAGAGACAGGAGGCAGGGCAGUGUCAACAAGACACAGGAGCAGAACAGCAGCCACUGAACACACACACACACACACACACACACACACACACACACACACACAUCCACCACAGAGGCUACAGCGUUCAGGGGAACACCAGCAAUACCUGGGAAGGAUCAAGAUCUCCCCAACGGGAAUAUCUGAGGAAGGUGGCCAUUUGACCUUACUACACCGGCGGGGACAUCACCAGUUCCUGCUUGGAAUGCCAUUUCCUAAUCGAUGCCACAGUUGCUGAGGUUGUUUUUGGAGUCCUGUCUGACCGGUGUGUUACUGAGAAUGUAACUGGAGCUUCUCCUUGGGGGAACUACAACGUCCAGAACUCGAAGAGCAUUUCUGACUUUUCUAUCACUGCAUAUCUGAGAUCUCUUUCGCAGUUACAGCCAUGCCAGCGAAAGCACCCAUUUACCUGAAACCCAACAAUAGUAAGAAGGGAAAGAAAUGUCGCCUCAGAGAUAUUUUGUCCCCAGACAUGAUCAGUCCACCACUUGGGGACUUCCGCCACACCAUCCACAUUGGCAAGGGCGGCGAGAGAGACGCCUUUGGAGACAUGUCUUUCCUACAGGGGAAGUAUGAACUCCUACCCGGGAAGGGGAACGUCCACCCUCAGUACGGCGUCCAAAGUGAGUUUCUGAGAGCUAACAGCACAGGUGAUGCUUCCUUUGCGGAGACCCCCUCUCCGGUGCUCAAGAACGCCAUCUCCCUCCCAACUAUCGGUGGUUGCCAGGCACUUACCCUUCCCAUGAUCUCCUCCACUGUGUUCCCAAUGCCUCCAGAGCCGCUGGAGGACAUCAUGGGGUCUCCCAUGAAACCCGACCGCACAGAAGAGGUCGAGAUCCUGCAGAUGGACGCCCUGUUGCGCUCCAUGGACGUCUUCAGCAGCGGGCCUUCGUCUCCCAUUGCAGAUAUCCAGUCGAAGCCUGACGUCCUCCUGGAUCUGCUGGAAAGCACACAUAAGUCCACCUCAAAGGACAUAGCCAAGGCUAACAAAAUAAACAAGAGCGAACCCAGGUUUGACAAACCAUCAUCCUAUUAUAUCAACAGUCACAGCAACGGCACCUUCAAAGCUAACGGAAGCCUGAACAGUAACAUCAGCAGCGACAGCUUUGACUGCUUUAGCGUUAAAGGGGACUUCCAGAACAAGAUCUGCAACGGCAGCAGGGGUCUCAAUGGCAACGGCAACUGCAAUGGUUAUGGACACUUUAACAAGGACAUUACCCUUGGCUUCAAGCAGGAGCUCUCAAAGUGCAAUGGGGAGUGGGUGGACAGGGACAGUGGGGUGGAGGAGGGCCGCAUCUGUGAUUUUGAGUUUGAGUUUUCCAAGGAGAAGAGCAUGUCGCAGGAUUCCCUUGCCCAGAUCACGGGGUCAUUCCUCUCCCUUGAACUCGAUCUGGGCCCGUCCAUCCUGGACGACGUGCUCAACAUAAUGGAUAAACCCGCAGCGAAGAGCAGGCCUUGAGCUGCGCAGAGGCCCCAGCAGGAGAAAGGGAAUUACUAAACUAUCGACAAUGAGAAGUGAAAGACUCAAAAAGCAAUCAAAAUGGUGUCUGGAUAUAUCAUUGAGAUGAAAAUGAGCUCAAUAGAUGGAGCUGCUAAUGUUUUUAUUGUCAAAACACAUAACUAUUCUGGCUUCUAUGGAGUGUUGAUUCUUCUUCUUUGUGUUUGCCAUGUCAGCCGCAUGUUUAAGAUGCAUGUGCUAUUGAGUUACAGCUAAACCACAGCCAUUGUGCCUUUUGAUUUUACAUAACUGUAAAAAUGCUACAUGAAAGAUUUGUGUUCUUAUGUUGACUUCCACAUUAUGUAUGCACAAUAACUUUGAGGCCCUUCGCUUUUUUUACACAGUCUUGAACAUAUUGCAUUUUGUGACUUUAGGUGUGUUUAACAAAGCAUUAUUUUGUCCGUCACAUAAUUCAUUUGUCACGAUUCAAACAACAGAACACUAUGCAUAUUUGUGUUUUUAAUAAUGUAACACAAAUAAAU